CAAACUCAACCCAAAGAAGACACAACCAGCUGAUUGUCUGUCGAACAGUUGUCAUCCGCGAGUUAAUGUCAGAAAAAUGGCUGCUCUCAUAAAAGGCUUGAAAUUCGUGCCGCAGCUAACGAACAGAGGUUCGGCCGUGCUGUAUGUCAGUUCUAGGAACCAUUGGAAUAAGGACUUUAAGCCUGCCCCCUUUCCACAGACUAAGGAGCAACGAGAAGCAGCUGCGAAAAAGUAUAAUUUACUGCCAGAAGAAUACAAACCGUACGCCGAUGAUGGUUUUGGUUAUGGUGACUACCCGAAAUUGCCAACCGUUGGGGCUGAAAUGAAAGAUAAUUUCUAUCCUUACGAUUUUCCGGAGUUAAAGAGGAACUUUAAUGAACCGCUCCACGCUGACGCUGAUUUAUAUGGCGAGGAUCGUUACAGUCAACCGGACACACCACGUUUCGCCAAUAGCACAUAUUUCCUUUCCUUCUUCGGCGUGAUGGCUGGGUGGUUUAUCUUAUAUUACUGGCUCGAGGAUAAGAAAAUGUUCCGACCUGUAUUACCAAAACAAUAUCCAGCGGACGGUAAAACGCAUUAUACCUUUGAAACUAAGUAAUUUAGUCUGUUAAUUAUCAUUUUACCGCUGAAAUAAAGAAGAAAGAGUUGCCUAUA